ACAAACUCUCAUGUCUCAUCUCUUUCUCCCAAUUUAUAUCGUUGUUGGUGGCCGGAAAAUUACAUCUCCGCCCACCGCCGCCGGAGUAAUCCAUGUUAUCUGAUCGGCGGAGCCAUCCGUUGUAGCGUCGGAUAUUAUUCGCUGCAGUUACCUCUCAUUGAGGGAAUAUUUGCAGAUCGAUCUAUCGUCGAUUUAGAUCUGGCGUUCCUAGGGUUCAUCGACGUUGGAGAUUCAUGGUCUCUGGUGAUUGCAUUUUCGAAAUUGGGGAAAAUUAAGGUGUUGUGUAGAUGGAUAGAGGUGGGAGGAGAUCUGGUGAAUCUCCAGGGGUAUUGAUAAAGAAGAGAAGUUCCUCUGGUUGCUUGAUUGUGAAGAAGAACGAUGGUGUUGGUAGGAUUUGUUCGUUUUCUGAGAAUCGUCCGAAUUGGGAGUCCAAUAAGAGGUCUAGGAUGAUUUUGAGUGAUUCUGAGUCUAGCGAUAAAUUUGCGAUCCCUCAAAAUAUGCGACACUAUCUUAAUGUAGAAGAGAGUCGUUUUGUGGGGAAGAGUAGAGAGUGGAAGGAGAGUAAGAGGCAUAGAUUAGAUGAUGAUGACGAUGAUGAUGAUGAUGAUGAUGAGGAGAGUGAAGAUGAAUUGUUGGCAAUGAGGAUGAGGAGGUCGUUUGAUGGAAGUGGAGUUGAUAUUGGUAAGAAAGCUUAUUUGGGUUCUGCUCAAUUUGGGAAUGGUAGGGAAUAUGGAACUGGUUCUAGUCGUAAAGAUUUAGAUGUUGAGAAGAGAAGAAAACCGUAUUUAGAUGGAUCAGGGAACAUAGGUUUUGGUAAUCAAGGUUAUAGAAACAUGUGUAAGGUUAGUGGAAACGAAGGUAAAACUACUCCUGCGUUGUUGUUGCAGAGGAGGUACAAGCAUGACAUGAAUUUCGAUGAACCAAUUAGGGUGCAGGGGAAAAAUGGUGUCCUCAAGGUUAUGGUGAACAAGCAGAAUAAGAUAGGAGGGUCACUGCAAAAUGCGAAAGCUGAACAAUCUCAAUAUGGCUCAAAGAUUCAAGAGACUGGUAAAAUACGUGUUGCUAUUCAGUCGCCAACCACUCUAAAAACUGAAAAGUUGCCGAAACUGCUUCCCCCGGCCAGAAUACAGUCGAACGGGUUAAAAAUGCCUAUGUCCUUAACCAUGAAGAGUAAGGGACAGGACCAAGAUUCUGAAGAUAGUGAUAGCUCGGGGCGGCUGCAGAAGAGAAUAAUACAACCUCAUAAGCCCUCUCAUAUUUCAAGCACUGGAGGAGAAAAUACUUUACCUGAAGUGUCAAUGCCUUCAAAAAUCAGAGAUGGAAAGAUUAGGCGUGGUUCAGGCACAGAAAAACAAAGAUUACGUGAGCGAAUCAGGGAAAUGUUACUGGAAGCAGGGUGGACGAUUGACUAUAGACCUAGGAAGAAUAGAGACUACCUAGAUGCAGUUUAUAUAAGUCCUAGGGGAACAGCGUAUUGGUCUAUUAUAAAGGCCUAUGAAGCACUUCUGAAGCAGUUAAAUAGUGGGGAAAAAGCCAAGCCUUGUGAAGAUAGUUCCACAUUUACACUGAUCUCCGAUGAGAUACUCAGUCAGUUAACAAGGAAAACCAAAAGAAAGAUUGAAAAAGAUAUGAAAAGUGAGGAACAAUCUGCCAGUGAUAGCGUUGGAAAAGCGACUUUUGCAAGAAAUUUCUUAGCUAUUAAAAAUGAAGUAGGAAACGAUGACAGGUAUUUUCAUAAAGAACAGCGAGAUGUCAUGUCUGUGAAGAAUGAGGUCAAUAGCAGAGAUAGUUCACGGGGUACAACUUCAAAAAGUGCAAGCCCUUUGCAUCACCAAACUGAAAAGUCAACUGGUUCCUCCUCUCACCAUGUGGAUGGAGGGAAAAGUAGCAAACAUGUUAGGAGUACGCUGUCGGUACGGCGUCCAGUCAGAGGAGAUAAUUCAGAGGGUGAUGGUUUUGUACCCUCAUCUGAAAAACAGACGAUACUGGCAUGGCUGAUUGAUAGUGGAACCUUAAAGUUGAGUGAAAAGGUGAUGUACAUGAACCAACGACGGACACACGCAAUGCUUGAGGGUUGGAUAACAAGAGACGGGAUUCACUGUGGUUGCUGUAGUAAAAUUCUUUCAGUUUCAAAGUUUGAGAUACAUGCUGGAAGCAAAUUGCGGCAGCCAUUUCAGAACAUAUUUUUGAAUACUGGGGUUUCUCUUUUUCAAUGCCAAAUAGAUGCAUGGGAUAAGCAAAAGGGUGCUGGGAACAUUGGUUUUUGUUCGGUAGAUGUAAUUGCUGAUGAUCCAAAUGACGAUGCUUGUGGUAUUUGUGGAGAUGGAGGUGAUUUAGUUUGCUGUGAUGGUUGUCCCUCAACUUUCCACCAAAGAUGCCUAGACAUACGGAUGUUUCCUCUUGGUGAUUGGCAUUGCCCCAAUUGUACAUGCAAAUUCUGUAGGGCAGUUAUUGAAGAUGUUACUCAGACCGCGGAUGCAAAUACCUGCAAAAUGUGUGAGAAAAAAUAUCACAAAUCAUGCAUGCUGGAGGCAAACGUUACCCCAGCCGAUACCACUGAACCAAUUAUCUCUUUUUGUGGGAAGAAGUGCAAAGCGCUCUCCGAAGGUGUCAAGAAGUAUGUUGGUGUCAAACAUGAGUUGGAAGCUGGAUUUUCAUGGUCUCUAGUUCAUAGGGAAUGUGCAGAUUCAGAUUUAUUCUUAGGUGAACACCCUCAUAUUGUGGAAAACAAUUCCAAGCUUGCAUUAGCUCUGACUGUCAUGGAUGAAUGCUUUUUGCCCAUUGUUGACAGACGGAGUGGUGUGAAUAUAGUACGAAAUGUCCUUUACAAUUGUGGGUCGAACUUCAAUCGGCUGAACUUUGGUGGAUUCUAUACUGCUCUUCUUGAGAGAGGCGACGAAGUAGUUGCUUCUGCAUCUAUUAGAUUUCAUGGUAACCAUCUAGCUGAGAUGCCGUUCAUUGGAACUCGGCAUGUCUACAGACACCAAGGGAUGUGCCGGCGGCUUUUCAGCGUCAUUGAAUCAGCUCUUCAACGUCUCAAAGUCAAGUUACUUAUUAUCCCUGCAACCGCUGACUUUAGCCAUGUUUGGAUAUCAAAAUUCGGGUUUCGACAUGUCGAGGAUUCUCUGAAGAAAGAAAUGCGGUCCAUGAAUCUGCUAGCCUUCCCUGGCAUUGAUGUGUUACAGAAAGAGCUGUUAGCACCAAGACAUGCUGAGUCUGUUGUUGAGACAGAAGAAUGUGACCCAUGCAAUGAAGGCACCAAUUCUGCGAUCAAGACUAAUGAAGUUUCCGUCUUGGAGAUCGCAUCUCCUUCAGGAGAUAAACCAAUACCAGAUUAUGUGGUCGAACACCAACUGUUUACGGAUGAAAAUUCCGCUUCCCGAGAUAGUCCAGUCCACAAUGGAUACCCCAAAAUGCAAGAGACCGAGUGCAAAAUUUCAAACAUGGCGAGAUCAUCAGAUAUGGAGAAGCACAUGGACUGCAAAACUUCCUUUAGUCCUUUUGUUGGAGAAGAUGAGGAAGAUAGUUUAAUUGAGUCUCCUCCUCAACGGAACAGCGACAUGGCUUUCUUAGAUCACAUUAUCCGUUCUCCGGUAGACACUGGUGAAAUGGCAAACGGAGAUGUGUAUGGUUCAGGGGAUGAUGAUUCUCCGGAAACGCAAUGAAACAGAGUUGAAUUGCUGAUCUGUCUUUUUAAGCAUUUUGGUGUCUAGUACAAACACCAGAAUCGCUUUUUUCGAAUAGAAUUUGUUAAUAAUGUUUAUAUAUGUUUUAUGCAUAUAUUUUAUAUUGUAUAUGUUCAUGGCUUUUGAGCCCUUCUCUCGCCGCCAAGCUUCACCACGGUGAGGUUUUUUUUGCCCUCUUUAUUGCGCGCCUCUCUUCUGUGUUGUCUUCUCGUUUGUUCCUCUUAAUAAUUGUUUUGAUGAAGCAUUGGAUGAUCGUUGCAUUUUC